AUGUUUUCGCCACCCGGGAGUGACCGGCCAGGAUCAGUGCCACCGGUAAAUGGACUGCAACAGAAUCCAGCAGCUCCGAAUCACCAACCGGGAGUGAAUUUUCAUCAGCAGCAGCCACCGUCGAUCCCAAACAUGAAUCCUCCACUUCUUCAGCCCAGUGGUGCACAAGCUGCCUCCCACGUACCACAGGCACAGCAACAGCAGUCGCAGCAAAAUUAUUCGUCGGUCGAUCCGAUGAUGCUGCACUUCUUCCAGCAGAUGCAACAGCAAAUAAAUCUGCAAUUUCAGCAGCAGCAAGCGCUCCUCAAUCAGCAGGUGGACAUGUUCCGGUCGGCAUUGUCGGCGAUCAACAUCAACCCCAGUGGUGCACAAGCUGCCUCCCACGUACCACAGGCACAGCAACAGCAGUCGCAGCAAAAUUAUUCGUCGGUCGAUCCGAUGAUGCUGCACUUCUUCCAGCAGAUGCAACAGCAAAUAAAUCUGCAAUUUCAGCAGCAGCAAGCGCUCCUCAAUCAGCAGGUGGACAUGUUCCGGUCGGCAUUGUCGGCGAUCAACAUCAACGGAGAUCCCCCAGUAUUGGACAGCACCCAACAUGUGCCGGACAAAGUCUAA